AUGAUCAACCCGGCCCCGGGUCCCGCCGCCGACCCCGCCGCGCCGGCCCCCGACGGCAGUCCUCCCGAGGCUGAGAGGAAGGAGGAGGCAGGCACUGCCGAGGCGAAGCCGGAUCCUGGGCGCACUCGGAGAGAGGAGCCGGAGGAAGAGGACGACGACGAGGACGAUCUCAAGGCCGUGGCCACCUCACUUGACGGCCGCUUCCUCAAGUUCGACAUCGAGCUGGGCCGCGGCUCCUUCAAGACCGUCUACAAGGGGCUGGACACGGAAACUUGGGUGGAGGUCGCCUGGUGCGAGCUGCAGGACCGGAAGCUCACCAAGCUGGAGCGGCAGCGGUUUAAGGAGGAGGCUGAGAUGCUGAAAGGCCUGCAGCACCCCAACAUCGUGCGUUUCUAUGACUUCUGGGAGUCCAGUGCUAAAGGGAAGCGGUGCAUCGUGCUGGUGACAGAACUGAUGACCUCGGGGACGCUGAAGACGUACCUGAAGCGGUUCAAGGUGAUGAAGCCCAAAGUCCUCCGCAGCUGGUGCCGGCAGAUCCUGAAAGGCCUGCUGUUUUUGCACACAAGGACGCCGCCCAUCAUCCACCGAGAUCUGAAAUGUGACAAUAUUUUUAUCACUGGACCAACCGGCUCUGUGAAGAUCGGUGACUUGGGCCUGGCCACCCUCAAAAGAGCAUCGUUCGCCAAAAGCGUGAUAGGUACCCCUGAGUUCAUGGCGCCCGAGAUGUAUGAGGAGCACUACGACGAGUCUGUGGACGUCUACGCCUUCGGGAUGUGCAUGCUGGAGAUGGCCACCUCAGAGUACCCCUACUCGGAGUGCCAGAACGCCGCCCAGAUCUACAGGAAGGUCACCUGUGGUAUCAAGCCAGCCAGCUUUGAGAAAGUGCAUGAUCCUGAGAUCAAGGAGAUUAUUGGGGAGUGUAUCUGUAAAAACAAAGAGGAAAGGUAUGAGAUCAAGGACCUCCUGAGCCAUGCCUUCUUUGCGGAGGACACAGGGGUCCGAGUGGAGCUGGCAGAGGAGGACCAUGGCCGCAAGUCCACCAUUGCCCUCCGGCUCUGGGUUGAAGACCCCAAGAAGCUGAAAGGGAAACCCAAGGACAACGGAGCCAUAGAGUUCACCUUCGAUCUAGAGAAGGAGACGCCUGAGGACGUGGCACAGGAAAUGACUGAAUCUGGAUUCUUCCAUGAGAGUGAUAUGAAGAUCGUGGCAAAGUCAAUCCGAGACCGGGUGGCACUGAUCCAGUGGCGGCGGGAGAGGAUCUGGCCUGCCCUGCAGCCCUCAGAGUCACAGGCCACCGAGAUCCCUGACAAAACCAGGGGCCCCCAGGUGCCACUGCAGGUCCAGGUGACAUACCACACGCAGGGCGGGCGUCCGGAGCCCGAGGAGCCUGAGGCCGACCAGCACCUCUUCCCACCCAAGCUCCCGGCAAGCGCCACAUCCCUCACGUCGGACAGCACCUUUGAUAGCGGCCAGGGCUCCACCGUGUACUCGGACUCCCAGAGCAGCCAGCAGAGCGUGGUGUACAGCUCCCUCCCGGACACCCUGCCCUGCAUCUAUAGCCCGCCCGUGAGCGAGGGGCCCGGCCUGCCCAGCAGUCUGCCUGCCCUGAGCACCUACCAGCAGCCCGCUACGCCUGGCCUGGCUGUGGGCUCUGGCCCACCCCCGCAGCAGCACUUCCCGGAACCAGCGAUGAGCUUCGCACCCCUGCUGCCACUGCCCAGUACCCCUGUGCCUGUGGGCUCGGGGCAGCCACCGCCCCCCAGCCAGCAGCCUCCGCCACUGGCCCGGCCAGCACCCCUGCAGCCAGUCCUGGCCCCGCAGCCCCUGGGCCCACUCCAGCCGGUGCCGCCGCACCUGCCUCCAUACCUGCCUCCAGCUGCUCAGGUGGCCCCCACACCACUGAAGCCCCUCCAGAUGCCACAGGUGCCCUUGCCACCACUUGCUCAAGUUCCAGCCUCUCAGAUGCCUCAGCUUCCCGUCAUUCCUCCCGUCACCCCUCUGGCAGGGGCUGACGGCCUCCCUCCAGCCCUCCCUGACUUACCAGCUGCCAGCCUGCCCCCCGUGCCGCCGCCGCCACCUCAGUAUUUCUCUCCGGCCAUGAUUUUGCCAAGCCUUCCCCUUAACCCCACCGCACCCUUACCCACCUCUCCGGCCCUGCCUUUGCAGGGGGUCAAGCUGCCCCAUGCCCCACUGCCCUCCCUGGCAGUACCCUGCCGGACCAUUGUGCCAAAUGCACCAGGCACCACUACCAACAUACCCCUGCUGGCCGUGGCCCCACAGGGCGUGGCUGCCUUGUCCAUCCACCCUGCUGUGGCCCAGCUGCCCCCACAGCCUGUGUACCCGGCUGCCUUCUCGCAUAUCGUGCCGAGUGAAGUGCCCCCUUCUCCCCAUCAUGCUCAAAACCUGCAGGUGGUCCCUCAGCAGCUGCAGCCCGCCCCACCCCACCCACAGCUGCCCACACUUCCUCAGCACCCCCAGCCAAGCAUCAGCCAUCUCUCCGAGCGGGCUGCUCCAGCUGCAGGGGCGGGGACCCAGGUCCUCUUGGGCCCCCCAGCCCCGUAUGCAGUGGACGCCACAGCCCUGGGCCCCUCUGUCCCCGGGCCGCCCACAACUGUCCUCUCCCCACCGCUGCUGGAGCUGCUGCCCCCGGUUGCUGGCCCGGAGCUCUUGCCGCAGCUGUCCAGCUCCCUGGCCUCCACGAUGGUGGCGACUGCGCAGAGCCUUCCCCCCAAGACCACUGCACUCCUGCCUUCUGCAACCCCACCGCCGCCCGCCGGGGCCCUGGUUGCUGCCCCCUGCCCCACCGUCCAGUUGACGGUGGAAUCAGUCCAAGAGGAGCAGGCGGUGCAGGACAAGCAGCCGGGCCUCCUGCAGAGCUGUGAGAGCUAUGGGGGCUCCGAUAUUACUUCUGGGAAGGAAAUGAGUGACAGCUGCGAAGUCACCCUUGGAGGUGGGAAGCUUGAAGUCAAGUCCUCUAAGAAGCACCACCGGAAGUCCACCCGUACUCGCUCCCGUCAAGAGAAAGCCAGCCGGCCCAAGCUGACCAUCCUGAACGUGUGCAACACAGGGGACAAGAUGGUGGAGUGCCAGUUGGAAACACAUAACCACAAGAUGGUGACGUUCAAGUUUGACCUGGACGGGGACGCCCCGGAUGAGAUCGCCACAUACAUGGUGGAGCAUGACUUCAUCCUGCAGACCGAGAAGGAGACGUUCAUCGAGCAGAUGAAAGACAUCAUGGACAAGGCAGAGGACAUGCUCAGUGAGGACACGGACGGAGACCGUGGCUCAGACCCUGGCACGAGCCCUCCACACCACGGCGCCUAUGGUGUGGACGCGGGAGAAGAAACCGGACACUCCCCAGCCAAUGCCCCAGUCUAUCAGCAGAAUGUCCUGCAUACUGGAAAGAGGUGGUUCAUCAUUUGUCCAGUAGCUGAAAACCCAGCGGCUGAGGUGCCUGAGCCUUCACCCCCACCCCUGGUCAGCUCCAUGCGAGCGGAUGCAAGCCAAGAUCCAACACCCUGUACAGACCAGCUGUCCUCAAAGGAACCACCCGGCCUCCUCGCUGGCCCACAGCUUCUGAGCCACCCCAGCUUCGGUGACCCCCACAGCAGGGCACUCGCCCCUUUAGUACCAUCCUCCCUGCCCAUGACUGACCUGCCCCAAGGCACAGUAGUGCCAGCAGCUACCACCAUGCCAGAGCCAGCAAUGGGGACUGCCAUCCAAGCAAGGGGUGCCAGGACCCCUCAGGGACCGGGCAGAGAGCAUGAGAUGCCCCUGGCACUCAUGGAGACUCUUGAUACCCAGCGUGCUGCACAGCCUCUUGGCACCAGCCAAGAGCCCUGUGCCCCACAUCUGGGGGAGCCAGCCUCAGCCUUGGAAGCUAGCGCUCAGGGGGAGCCCCUGCCAGCCCUGGUGUCUGAGCCCAGCCCUGCUGGCCUGGCCACCUCCCAGCUCCCCAGCCCCCCACUGGGGCCCGCUGCCCCCGCCCAGCCCCCUGUAGCCUUGGAGUCUGAUGGGGAAGGGCCGCCACCUAGGGUGGGCUUUGUGGACAACACCAUCAAGAGCCUGGAUGAGAAGUUGCGCACCCUGCUGUACCAGGAGCACGUCCCCACAUCCUCCGCCUCAGCAGGGACCCCCGUGGAGCUGGGCGACAGAGACUUCACCCUGGAGCCUCCCCACUCGGCACCAGCCGAUGUGCCUCCAGGGCCUGCCUUGCUGCCCCAGCCUGUGGCCACCCACAUGCACUUGCAGCAAGGACCAGAGCCAUCCCUCAGCAGCACCCUGGGCCCCGGCAGAUGGGCAGCGCUGGACCCAGCCACCACACCCGGCCCUCUGCAGGAUGCCAUGGCUUCAGCAGUCCCCACACAUUUGGAGCCCACAGGCCAGGCCAGAGGGACCCCCAGGGAGACCUCAGCCGAGUCCACACAGCGCUCCACAGGGAUGCUGGCCUCAGAGGGUAAGGCUGGCUGCCCUCGGAUGCACGGCUCCCUGGACUCAGGCUCCCCGCAGAAGCAGCCAGGGCAGCAGACCAGCAGCUCACCAGCCAGAACCGUGGGCCGCUUCUCGGUGGUCAGCAUGCAAGACGAGUGGACCCUGGCCUCGCCCCACAGCCUGCGCUACUCAGCCCCGCCUGACGUCUACCUGGACGCGCUACCUGCCAGUCCUGACAUGAAGCUGGCGGUGCGGCGUGUGCAGACGGCCUCCUCUAUCGAGGUUGGUGCCGGUGAGCCCGUAUCCAGCGACUCUGGGGACGAGAGCCCACGGAGGAGGCCCCCAGUGCAGAAGCAGGCCUCACUGCCCAGCAGCAGCAGUGUGGCCAGUGAUUUCGUCAAGAAGGCCACCGCCUUCCUGCAUAGGUCCUCAAGGACAGGCUCGCUGGGCCCAGACACGCCCAUCCGGCCCAGCAUCAAAGUCCCCACUAUCAGUGUCACCUCCUUCCACUCCCAGUCAUCCUACAUUAGCAGCGACAAUGACUCGGAGUUUGAGGAUGCAGACAUAAAGAAGGAGCUGCAGAGCCUGCGUGAGAAGCACCUGAAGGAGAUCUCAGAGCUGCAGACCCAGCAGAAGCAGGAGAUCGAGGCCCUGUACCGCCGCCUGGGCAAGCCACUGCCCCCCAACGUGGGCUUCUUCCACACAGCGCCCCCUACUGGCCGCCGGAGGAAAGCCAGUAAGAGCAAACUGAAGGCAGGGAAGCUGCUCAACCCCCUGGUACAGCAGCUCAAGGUCGUGGCAUCCAGCACAGGUCACUUGUCAGAAUGCAGCAGAGGCCCUCCUGCUAAGGACCCCACCCAAGGGGGAGCAGGGCUUGCUGCAGAAAGCCCAGCAGUGCCCCCGGCUCCAGACCCGUGUGGCAAGGCAGUCCACACCCAGCAGCCCUGCUCCGUGAGAGCCUCCCUGUCUUCCGACAUCUGCUCCGGCUUAGCCAGUGAUGGAGGCGGAGCGCAUGGCCAAGGGUCAGCCCUGAAACGUCUCUGCUUAGGCAAAGAGCACAGCAGUAGGUCCUCCACAAGCAGCCUGGUCCCGAGCCCCGAGCCAGGCCCUCAGCCCACCCUGCAAGUCCAGGCACAGGUGAACAACAGCAACAACAAGAAAGGCACCUUCACAGAUGACCUGCACAAGCUAGUGGAUGAGUGGGCUAGCAAGACGGUGGGCACCACGCAGCUGAAGCCGUCACUCAACCAGCUGAAGCAGACGCAGAAGCUGCAGGACAUGGAGGCCAAGGUGGGCCCGGCCCUGGCAGCUAUCGAUGUGCGGGCUGUGAGCACGCCUCAAGCAGGAGUGGGGAGGCCCUGCCUGACCCCAGGGCCAGGCCCUCUGUCCACCACAGUCGUCCCUGGAGCCGCCCUGGCCCUGCCCGUGUCCAUGCCAGAUUCUGAGAGGGAGAAGCCAGACUGA